AUGGGAUGGCCAAGCGAGACGUUGCUCUUGUAUGCGAGAUCCAAGGGUUCCCUAUCCCAGUAUUCAGAACCCACGACCCGAGUGGCUCCUACUUCUGCCCUGUCGGAGGUUGAGUUGUCUCGUGUAACAGGCAAGCUAGGGAUCCCAGUUGCGUUGAAAUGCAAUGCUGGAGGCUUUCCGGUUCCGAUGUUCAGAAGCCGUUCUCUCGGGAACGUGUGGCAAUGGCAGCGGAACCUUGUUCAUCAUGGAUAUGUGCCUCAUUCUGGACUUAAAUUUGUAGAACCAACCGGUCGUGUAGCCCCGACUUCAUCCUUAUCAGAAGUUAAGCUGUCUCAAGUAAAAGGCAACUCUGGUAGCGCAUUAGCUUUGAAAUGCUUGGCUGGCGGAUUCCCCGUUCCGUCAUUCAGAUGGUUUCACGUUGCUGACGGUGGCAAGAAACGCCCGGUCACGCUCAACGACCGGGUCAUUCAAGUUGGAGGUACGUUGAUCAUCAAACAAGCCACUGUCGAGGAUUCCGGAAAGUACCUUUGUGUCGUCAACAACUCCGUCGGCGGCGAAAGCGUUGAGACUGUUCUAACUGUCACUGCUCCCUUGACCGCGAGCAUCGAUCCCAGGGAGCAAACGGUCGAGUUCGGGAGAUCCUCGUCGAUGACGUGUGUCACUGGAGGAAACCCGAUCAACAGCGUGACGUGGUAUAAAGAUGGGAGCAAGCUGAGUCACGACGGCGAAACCCUUACGAUUUCCUCGGUAAAGAAAGAAGAUCGUGGUAUGUAUCAGUGUUUCGUGAGAAACGACCAGGAAAGCGCACAAGGUACAGGCGAGCUCAAACUUGGAGGACGCUUUGAUCCCCCUGUCCUCACGUCCACCUUCUCGGAGAUGACAAAGCAGCCGGGCUCGGACCGCGACGCCUUCCUGAAAUGCUCUGCUACUGGAAAUCCUCGACCGGAUAUCGCGUGGGAACUCGACGGGAAAGUGUUGACGAACACGGAUCGCCGGCAAAUUAAUCAGCAGGUCUCGAGCUUCGGGGAAGUCGUGUCGCAUCUUAAUAUCACGGCGCUGCACGCGCACGACGGCGGAUUUUAUCGGUGUAUCGCGUCGUCCAAAGUCGGUGAAGUGUCGCACGCGACGAAGCUUAACGUCUUCGGUUUGCCAUUUGUGCGUCCCAUGGACCCGAAGAAGGUCGUCGCUGGAGAAAACCUCAUCGUCCAUUGCCCCGUGGCCGGGUAUCCGAUCCACAGCAUCACAUGGGAACGCAACGGCCGGAUUCUGCCGAUCAACAGGCGUCAGAAAGUGUACCCGAACGGCACCCUCAUUAUCGAAGAAGUGGAGCGAAAUGCGGAUCAGGGAACGUACCAUUGCGUCGCGAAAAAUACCCAGGGAUACACAGCCAAAGGAGACUUGCAAAUCAGCGUCAUGGUUCCGCCCGUGAUUGGACCAUUCGAAUUCGAUGGGCCGCUGCUACCUGGGGACGGGGGUCAGCUGUCGUGUUACGUGGCCAAAGGCGACGUUCCUUUGACCAUCUCGUGGAAUUUUCACGGGAAGUCCGUGGAGAAGUCGCCGAACAUUUCGACGCAAAAAGUUGGGACGCGCACGAGUUUGCUUACACUUGAGAACGUUCAUUUCGAACACAGUGGCACGUACACGUGCGUGGCGAAGAACGACGCUGGCACUGCUCAGCACAGUGCCGAUCUGACGGUUAAUGUUCCGCCGGUCAUUACGCCGUUUUCCUUCGGCCCGGAAGCCUUGUUCUCCGGCGAAAGCAGCCAGAUCACGUGUUUUGUGGGCCAAGGCGACUUGCCGCUCAACAUCAGGUGGGCCUUCCACGGGAAAGCCGUGUCGUCCCACAUGGGCAUCACGACGACGCGUGUUGGCGGCCGGGCCAGCAUGCUGGUCAUAGACCACGUCAUAGCUGGGCACAGUGGCAACUACACGUGCACCGCCGAGAACCAAGUCGGGCUCACUAACUUCACGGCUAGGCUUGUUGUCAACGGUAACGGAAUCGGGAUCCCUGAUAGAUCAGUCUCCUCGGCUCUCUUGCCGCCGAUCAUUGAGCCCUUUUCCUUCGGGUCCGGGCCGAUGAAUUCGGGCAAGACCGCCUCAGUGCAGUGCCUAGUAUCGGAAGGCGACCUGCCUCUGAAGAUCACCUGGGCCUUCCACGGUCGCGAAAUGUCGUCUCAGAUGGGCAUCACCACGAUGAUGGUGGGGCCGAGCAUGAGUCUGCUCAUGAUCCAACACGUCAUUGCUGGACACUCUGGCAAUUACACCUGCACUGCGCGGAACCUUGCCGGGAUUGCGAAUUACACCGCCGGGUUGCUUGUUAAUGUUCCACCGGUAAUCGAGCCGUUCGACUUCGGGGCCGGGCCCUUGAACUCGGGAAGAACGGCAUCGGUUCACUGCUUGGUCUCCGACGGGGAUCUUCCGCUGUCGAUCACGUGGGCCUUCCACGGCCGGAAUGUGUCGUCGCAAAUGGGUAUAACGACGUCGAAGCUGGGUUCGCGGAUGAGUGUGCUUAUGAUCGAGCACAUCGUGGCCGGGCACAGUGGGCGCUACACAUGCACUGCCCGGAAUUCCGCCGGCGUGGCGGAUCGCUCCGCAGAACUCGUUGUCAACGUUCCGCCGCUGAUAAAACCGUUCGAAUUCGGCCCGGGUCCACUGAACGCCGGCGAAACCGCAUCCGUGCAGUGCCUGGUAGAAGGCGACUUGCCGCUGGUCAUUACGUGGGCGUUCCACGGCCGGAACGUCUCCACGCAAUUAGGGAUAACCACGUCCAAGAUCGGGGCUCGAAUGAGCGUGCUAAUGAUCGAUCACAUCAUCGCAGGCCACAGCGGUCGGUACACGUGCACCGCGAGGAACCCUGCGGGCACCGCGGAUGUGUCCGCCGAUCUACUCGUGAAUGUUCCGCCGAUCAUCAAAGACUUCGAAUUCGGCCCCGGGCCUCUUAAUGCUGGGGAAACGACGUCAGUGCAGUGCCUGGUGUCAGAGGGUGACUUGCCACUGACGAUCACGUGGGCUUUCCAUGGGAGGAACGUUUCUUCGCAAAUGGGCAUUUCCACUUCGAAAUUCGGCUCUCGGAUGAGUGUAUUGAUGAUCGAGCAUAUCGUUGCUGGUCACAGUGGGAAGUACACUUGCACUGCGCGGAAUUCUGUCGGCACAGCUGACUACUCUGCUCAUCUCCUUGUCAAUGUACCGCCGACGAUUGCCCCGUUCUCGUUCGGCGACGCGCCUUUGUCCGCGGGUGCGUUCGUCACGCUGCAAUGCACGGUGACGUACGGCGACGAACCCCUGUCGAUUUCCUGGACGUUCCACGGGCACAACCUAUCGUCGCAGAUGGGAGUGGCUACUACGAAAAUCGGUAACAAGGUGUCGCUGCUUACAAUCGACCACAUCAUCGCGGGCCACAGCGGGAAUUACACAUGCACUGCGCGGAACAGCGCGGGCAGCGAUAAUCGAACUGCCCUACUGCUCAUCAACGUCCCACCCGAAAUAGUGCCAUUCGAAAUCGGCGAAGAGGCACGUGAAGAAGGCGGCGUGGCUCAGGUGACUUGCGUCGUGCGUCGCGGCGACGAGCCGCUGACCAUCACCUGGUCUUUCCACGGCCGCAACAUCGCGUCCAACAUGGGCAUCAGCACCAUGAAAGUCGGCUCUCGAACGAGCCUGCUCAGCAUUGACAAAAUCACUGCGGCCCAUUCCGGAGUGUACACGUGCACUGCGCGAAACGAAGUCGGCGAGCACAAGUUCUCUGCUCAGCUGCAAGUCCAGGUUCCACCGAAAGUGGCUGGAUUCGGUUUUGGAGAAGCGGCGCGACGAGAAGGCGGCGUUGCUCAGGUUAGCUGCUUGGUGGAAGAAGGUGACGCGCCGCUGACGAUUCUGUGGACGUUCCACGGCCAGCGAAUCAACGGCAGCGCAGCGGGGGUUUCGACGCAUAAAAUUGGCGAAAAAACGAGCAUUUUGACGAUUGAGAAAGUGUUUGCAUCGCACUCUGGGACUUACACGUGUUCCGCGAGAAAUUCCGCUGGCGAAAACUCGCAGUCUGCGGAUCUCGUCGUCAAUGUGCCGCCUCGAAUCGUGGACUUCCUAUUCGGGGACGAAGCGAAGGAAGAAGGCGGCGUGGCUCAGGUGAGCUGCAUCGUCCGAGAUGGCGACGCGCCGCUGACCAUCUCCUGGUCCUUCCACGGCCAGAACAUCGAGUCGACCAAUACGGGCAUCAGCACUCUGAAAGUCGGCGCGCGGACGAGCAUUUUGAGCAUUGAGCGCGUUUCUGCGGCGCACUCUGGGGUGUACACUUGUACUGCGAGAAACGCGGCCGGGAAGGACAAGUUCUCGGCCGUGCUCGAAGUUUCCGGACUAUCUGACAAGUUUCCAACGAUUCUCGUACCACCGAAGGAUUGCCUCAUGUACCACCAGCAAUGGCACCCGUACCACCGGCUGAAAACCGCAGUGCCGCCGAAGAUAGACAUCGGCUUGGAUUCGUUGGAUUUUACUCCACUCAAGUGUUUUGUGCCGCCGAAGAUAGUAGAAUUUGUUUUCGGAGAAGAGGCACGGAAAGAAGGUGCGGUUGCCCAAGUCAACUGCAUCGUGAAUGACGGGGAUCUUCCGCUGACGAUCUCCUGGUCCUUCCACGGCCAGAACAUCGAGUCCACGCACAUGGGGAUCAGUACGCUUAAAAUUGGAGCUCGAACCAGUAUCCUUAGCAUAGAGCGCGUCACUGCGGCCCAUUCCGGGGUUUACACAUGCUCCGCGAGGAACUCUGCCGGAGAACAAAAGUUUUCCGCGGAAUUGCAAGUUUCCGUUCCGCCGCAGAUCGUAGACUUUGUUUUUGGCGACGAGGCGAAACGGGAAGGCGGCGUGGCCCAAGUAAACUGCAUCGUGAAAGAAGGCGACCUGCCACUGACAAUAGCUUGGUCGUUCCACGGCCAAAACAUCGAGUCCACCCACAUGGGCAUCAACACCGUCAAGGUGGGCGUUCGGACGAGCAUUUUGAGCAUCGACAAGGUGGCAGCGGCUCAUUCCGGGGUGUACACCUGCGUCGCGCGCAACGCUGCCGGCGAGGACAAGUUCUCCGCGAUCCUGGAAGUCUCUGGUUACUGGCCGAUUUCGGAAAUUUUCAGCGAAAGCAUCUUCCCACUUGAUUGUUUCCUAGUUCCGUAG